GGAUUCGCCUAUGCAAAUAAACAAAAUCCGGAAUUGAUAAUUAAUGAUACAUGGCCUGAUGUUAUAGGAACGAUAAAAACAAACACAGUAAUUCAAUAUGAUACUGAAUUUAAAAAAGUAAAAUCGUGGGGGUUACCUGCAUUGGCAUCACGCCCCAGAAAACGCCAAAUAAAUUUAGAUUGUAGACCUGUUGAACGUUUCAAGUUACAUUUAGGGGACUUACCGGAUUCAGAGAAGCCUAAAUUACCCGACAAAUUAGACUAUAAAAAGGCUAUUGCUGACUAUCUAAAGGAACUUGGAAAGGUAAUGGGUGUGUUAAACUUGAUAUUAUUCGACAAUACAAUAAAUACUAAUUUUAAUUUACAGUUAAUAAAAGAUACAAUCAAUACUCGGUGGCCAAAUAUUGAUUUUUUUGAAAAUGUUUUAAUAAUUUUUACUAUUCCUGCUGAAUAUACUGAACAAUCUAAAGGGAUAUUGAGAAAGUGUAUUCAUGAUGCAGGACUAAUUGGCAAUCCGACUUCGGAAAAACUGCAAUUCUCUCCUGAACCCGAAGCAGCUGCCAUACAUUGCUUAAGUGUAUUGGACGAGCAUUUCCUUACAGAUGAUGGCACUUCUUUUCUAAUCGUCGAUUGUGGUGGUGGUACUGUAGAUCUUACAACAAGAAAAUUGUUGCCAAACAAACGAUUAGGCGAGGUUACUGAACGUACAGGUGAUUACUGUGGUAGCACAUUCGUCGAUGAUGAAUUUAUCAAAUUUAUGAAACUUAAAGUCGGCGAUUCUGCAAUGAAUUCUUUGGAGACACAUCGAUAUGGCCAAUUCCAAUACAUGGUACAAGAGUUUUGUCGACGCGUCAAAUUACCAUUUACUGGUAAUAAGGAAGAUUUCAAAAUUUUCGACCUUGAUAUAGAAGAAUUAUGCCCAAUGUUGAAGCAAUACGUAACUGGUGCUGAAAGAGAAAGAUUAGAAAAAGAUGAAUGGAUAAUUGAACUAAAAUUUGAAGAUGUUGAGGCGAUGUUUGGUCCUGUUAUUCAAAAAAUUAUUCGCUUAAUUUCUGGACAACUUAGUACUGGAGGUGUGUGUACAAUAAUGUUUUUGGUUGGUGGAUUUAGUGAGUCAAAAUAUCUUCAAUCAAGGAUCAAGAAAACAUUCAAUUACAUUAGGACUAUUGCAGUGCCUAAACAACCUCAAGCUGCCAUAGUUCGUGGUGCUUUAGAAUAUGGACUCAGAAUGGGUGUAAUAGCAACUCGUGUCCUAAAGUACACUUAUGGCAUAGAAACUGAAAAUGUAUUCAAUGAAACCACAGAUCCUGAGCAUCUAAGAAUUGAUGGUCGUUAUAUCUUUAAAUUCUAUCGAUUAGUAGAAAAAGGUCGAGAAGUUGGUGUUGAUGAAACGUUUGGUGCUAUAUUUCGACCAUUAGAACAUACGACUCACUUACGAUUUUCUUUGUAUACUUCAACCAAUUUAAAUGAAGUUUAUUGCGACGGUUUGGAAAAGUUGGGUGAACUCAUUGUCGAUAUGCCGGACACUCACUUAGGAAAAGAAAGACCGGUAGAGUUUAAAUUAAUAUUUGGGCAAAUGGAAAUUACUGCCACCGCUAGAAAUCAGUUAACUGGUCAGGAAUAUAAAGCUAAUUUUAGAUUAGAGUUCUAA